UUAGCCCAAGACGGCUAAGCGAAAGGCAUAAAAUAAUUGUGAAAUAAUGUUAACUGCAGUUUGUUAUCGGCUCGGCAGGUCGGCAGGCCCGCUGGCCAUCGCCCGGCAAUGCUGCUAUUCUACCGUCGCUUCACGCGAUUCCCAGCAUUCAGAAACAGUUCCCGAUCACAUAACCAUCCUUUCGAAACCGGCACACGAGCGAGCGGCACAGCGCAAACCCUUCGUGAAAUCUAUGUUCCUGGGCACGGUCGAUACGGAACUGCUGUCCUUUCCAGAAUCGCUAAACAGGGAAGAGCAGUCCCGGCUGAUGAAGGACAAGGCCAAGCUCAUAGAAACUACUGUCGCGCUCGGCAAGGUAAAAUCGGCCGAUUCGUUUCAAGUCUACGGUUUGCAGGGCCCUCUGGCGCACGGCGGCAAACAGUACACCGAAACGGAGUUCGCUUAUAUCAACGAGUUGGUUGCGGAAAACCUCGACCAAGCACUGGAGGUGCUCGAGCAUAAUGCCCUCGUGCAAAUGAUUACACGCCACUGUUCGGACGAGGCAAAGAAUGCGUUCUUGGGAGAACUGUGUAGCGGCCAAAAGAUUGCAGCGGGAGCGCUGUACGAAACCAACAGCUCGCGUCACACCAUGUUCAGCACGGUAGCCGAGCUGGACUUUUCCGAUCGCAAGUGGCGUCUGAACGGAUCUAAGGUGCUAUACCGUACCGGAAUCGACUCCGGGCUGCUAGCGGUAGUAGCGUCAACUAAAGGGAUCGAAAAGAUGAACGCAGAGGAGAGCACGAUUGCCACCUUUCUGGUGGAUACCCAAGCAAAAGGUGUACAGAUUUCGGAUGCAACUGUGUCCAGGAACGGAAUGACAAGGUUGACCGUUAACUUCAAUCAAGUGAAUGUGCCGGAAGAACAUGUCGUACGCGGAGGCACCGACGUAUUGAGCAAGCUUCUCGCAUCCAUGCGUGUACAGUCGAGUGUGGUGCGAGUAACGCUGCUGAAACGGAUACUGAACGCGCUCACUACGGUUUGUCUGAAUACGAAAACAGUUUCCGGUGAAAUCACAGACAUUGAAGUCAUCCGGGAGCAGCUGGCGAGAAUGGCAUCGGUGGUUUAUGCUGCCGAAAGUCUCAUCUACAUGACGGCUAGCUUGAUGGAUGAUUUUGAAAACCAAGACGUUGACCUCGAGGCAGCAAUAACGAAAGUGUUUUCUGCAGAGCAGCUCAUCAAGUUUGCUACGCUUCCGCUAAAACUACUCGGACCACAGGCGCUCAGCACGGACAGCCCGUUCGAAGCACUGUUCAAUGAUGCUUUUAAGCUUUACAUCGGUGACGAAUCUGUAGAUUCCGUCAACUUCCUAAUCGCAUUAUCGGGACUGCAGUACGCUGGGGCCCACGCUCACGAAACGAUCAAGAAAGAUCGCAAUCCGGCCAUGCACCCUUCGUACGUAAUUUCGAAGCUGUUUGAAAAGUCGUCCAUACAGAACCCGAAACAGUUUGCCGACCUGCAGCAAUUCUUUCAUCCGUCGCUAGACCCUGCGGCUCACUGGAUCGAGUUUUCGAUCGUAAGACUGAAACUUGCCGUCGUGUGCAUGCUGUCAAGACACGGAGGUGAAGUCGUAGAUCGCCAUGUGGAGCUGGAACGGCUCGCAAAUAUUGCCACUAUGAUUUACGCAAUGACGGCCUCGGCUUCCCGAGCCUCCCGAGCGUACUGCAUAGGACUGCGGCACGCCGAGCAUGAAGUUCAUCUGGCGAACAUGCUGUGCCGGGAAAUGAGCGAAAAAGUUCGUCUGCUAGCGAUAGACUUGGAAAACGGACCGUUUAUUACAAAUGACGACAACUACAACAUAGUGGCACGAAAUUUGUUCCGGAAUAAGGGUUACUUUUUCGAACAUGCCCUUACGAAAAAUUAUUAAAGCAGUUGGCGCGAUAGAGCAUCGCGGUGCUACAGGGAGGUAACGGCACUAUUCAAUUAGUUUUUGUUAACUUCGCCAACCUGGAAUGGUUUGCUAGCCCCCCGAAUUAAUUUGCAGCCCAUCUUUCUAACCAAUGUGAAAAGUA